AUGAUGCAACGAUGGCAGAAUUGGGGCAAGCCGCAAUGGAAGCCACAACAGGCGGAACCAGCGAGUAUGCAAGUAAAAGCAGACAUUCAAGAGAUCAUCAACAAGCACCAAGCGGCAGCGCUGCUGGAAGCCAACGACAAUAUACGAAUGCUCAAGGAACAGCGAGAAGCACACAAGGCUCUCGUCAAGAAUCAAGAAAAUACUAUUCACGAGUUGAUGGCGCAAGUCAAAAAGUUGCAAGAGGAAGAAACGCAAAAACGACAAAAUGAAAAACAAGAGCGAGAACGUCAACAUGAGCAUGACAGACAUGAAAAUUGCCAAUUACAAGAGGAAAUAGAACAACUUAAGCGGCAGUUGAAACAACGAGACGAUAUUAUUGAUCAAUUACAGCAACAGCAACAACAAGAACAAUAUAAUUCACAAUCCAGCAAUGCCGUAUCCCCUGAAAGAUCACCCACUAGUGCGGAACUUUCGACGUCCAACCAUUCGCCAGAUCAUUUGUUGAGUAAAAGUCUCGCAAUACAAGACGAACAAUCCAGGGAAAUCCAAUCCCUAGAAUCCACAGUCAAAUCUCUCACAGAAAAGACGGAAGAGCAAGAACAUGAAAUUGAAAAACUGCAAAAUAUAAUCAAGGAAUUCGAGGCAUUUUAUGCACAACAAAACAAUAAUGUCUCUGAAACAGAAGAACCUGGUCUCGAAAUUCUGCAAGAAGAGUCGUUUGAUGCAUCGGAGACUUCAGAGCACAAAGAAGGAGACAGCAAUGACCAACUACUGGACGAGGAUUAUUCCGAAAGAUCCCUGCCAACAAUACCAGAAUCGCCCAUACAAUCACUGUCACCCUCCUCCUCCAAUCAAAAACAAAGAAUGACCCUCAAUGGCAAUCAAUUGGUGCUUCUCAUCAGCACCAUGCCCAUUCAUCGCAAGGUGGCGCAAAAUCAAUCCAGACUAGAAACCAUUCUCCAAGAAUAUUUGAACUUGUCCUCUUCCGGAAACGGUGAAGUUCAAAUACUCGAUGGCUGUGACCGAGAUCCUGCCAGUAUCAAUCUCCGAAAUGAUCUAUUUCGAAUAUCGGGUCUUCGUGCCGUCUAUCCACAGCUCUUUCUAGUCAAUUUUGCCACCAAUGACAUUAGUUUUGUCGGUGAUUUUGAUGCCAUUGUGGAAUUGCAUGAUGCCCACAUGUUUGCCGCCGCCAUUGGAUUGACUCCAGCUUAA